GCAACAUGGAUACAUAUGCUGAUGUGUAGUCUCUGAAGAAUUAUUUACAUUUUCAUCAAGUCAUGUGUAGCAAAGAAACCAUAUAUCAAGUUGACCAUGUGUCCAUGGUUAUGAAUUAUUCUGGGAAGAAAACCUGCAGUGUGUUUUUCAAACAUGAAGUGGUCUGUCAGAGGCAUCGUUUAUUUCAAACAUGAACUUGUGUAAUUUAUGAGAGCAGUAAAGCCAGGAGAAAAAAUACAUGAACAUAAUCUUUGUAUCUACUCAGCAGACAGCCCACUGAAGGAAGAUGGAUAUGUAUGAGAACCUUGGCGUCGUGGGUGAGGGGAGCUAUGGUACAGUAAUGAAGUGUCGACACAAGGAGAUUGGACACAUUGUGGCCAUCAAGAGGUUCAAUGACAAGGAAGAGGACAAAACCAUGAAAAAGGUUAUCAUGAGAGAAAUCAAACUUCUGAGGAAAUUUCGCCAUGAAAACCUUGUGAACAUGCUGGAGGUAUUCCGGUUCAAGAAGCGCUUGUAUGUUGUCUUUGAGUACAUUGACCGCACAGUUCUGGAAGACCUAGAGAGAUAUCCUCAUGGUUUGGACAGCAAGCGCCUCAGAAAGUACAUGUUCCAAAUUCUACGAGCCAUGGAUUACCUUCACACCAGCAAUAUCAUUCACAGAGAUGUCAAACCUGAGAAUGUUCUUGUCUCUAACUCUGGGGUGGUGAAGCUCUGUGACUUUGGAUUUGCCAGAGCCUUGGCACCGACUGGGGAGCCUCUCACAGACUAUGUGGCCACGAGGUGGUACAGAGCCCCAGAACUUUUAGUGGCAGACAACACUUACAGCAAACCUGUAGAUGUGUGGGCCAUUGGAUGCUUGAUUAUAGAGAUGGCUACAAGCAAUGCUUUUCUGACGGGGACUUCUGACCUGGACCAGGUGCACAAAAUAGUCAGCAAAGUGGGGCCUUUGACCCGUCAUCAGCAAGACCUGUACUUCCAGAACCCCAUCUUUGCUGUGGCCAGCCUUCCUGAGGUGCAGCUCCUCAGGGACCCCAGGAGGAAGUACCACAAACUCCACUUCUUAGUGGCUGAAAUAGUGGAUUCAUGCCUACAGAUUGAUCCAUCUCACAGGGCUGCGUGCUCCAUGUUGCUCGUUCAUCGGUACUUCACCAAAGACGGGUUCGUUGAAAGAUUCAUACCAGAGAUACAGGCAUUGAUACUGAAAGAUGCCAAGGUUAACAGCAUGCACUGGAUUCAUAGUAGCUCAUGGGAGCCAGCAGAGGACCAAGGAACAGGAGUCUUGUCCUCAUCCUCAUGUAACAGAAAGCCAGUGAAGGACACUGAGAAGGACCGACGUGGGAAGGAGCCUGAGCAGAAGCAUUCUAGGGCAGGCAGGAGGUCAGAGAUCAGGAUGACCUGCAGCCCUGUCUCAUCUCAGACAAACAGACAGCCCUUUACCUCCACCUCUACCUCCAUCCCAGACCCCCCUCAAUCUCAGGACAAGGCUGGAGCCUUUACCAUGCCCCGCAUCAACGCCAGCAACAAUCUUUUUGCUGCUGUCCCCGUUCCAUGCUGUAUGGAAGUCACCAAGUCCCGCACUGAUAAGGUAAAGAGACGGCCGAGCCCUACUGACCUGGCCAUGGGGAAUAGUCAGCUGACUGAUGCCCCGUCUCAGAGUGACAGCCAUAAUAACCUCCAGGUUGAGAUGUCCAGUCUGGCUAAAAAGAAGGUGAAGUCAGUGAGAGACAUGAGAGAUGUGCGCUUCCCUGGACUUCCUGUGUUCGGCCACCAGAUGGAGCUGAAGUUUACAGAUGCAAAGCACUCGAGGAAGGAGCUGAAGAGCAGAGGAAGAGAAGAAGACUCCAGAAUACCAUCAUUGCCGUCAUCCAAUUUCACUGACCACGGAAAUAAGUAGGUUUUGGAGAGAACAGUACUAUCAUUGAGAGUUGAUCUGAAUUCUUAACAGGGUCCUGGCACAGGAUGGUUUAUGUGCCUAAACAACAUUUGACUGAAGAUAAUAAAAAGAAUAACAAAUGUUUUAGACACACUUGGUUUUUGUGAUAACAGAGCAUCUUUAACUUCAACAGUUAGAAUAAUGUAUUUUUGUGUUCCACUUUUCAGUAUUUUAUCCACCAUAUCCCUCACUGUACCCCACCAACCAUUCAAAAAUAAAGAUAUUGAAAUUAAAGUUACCCCCCCAGACUGUUGUUGAGAUUCAAUUGGCACAUCCG